AUGUCCGCGACUAUACGCAAGCGCUCUCGCAUAGCAUGCACCUCAUGCCAGCUGCGCAAACGCAAAUGCUCCGGGGAGCAGCCAUGCAGUAACUGCGCGCAGUCCGGAUCAGGCUGCUAUUAUGACUUUCAGUCACGCAAGAAGAAAGACGUCAAAGCGAACGGGAAACCCGGUCUUGCCAUCAACCCACCGCCUAAGCGGACGAAUCUUCAGGAUGAUCAGGGUGUCGACCGGAUCUCCUCGGUCGAGGCCAACUCCGGGGCGGCUUUUGUGCGCAAACUUGGCCUCACCAUCGAUCCGACGCAUGCUCCAAGGCUGCAUAUGUUUGCAUGGAAUGUCGGGCCGAGAGGAUCGCCGGGUAGUACGUGUCUCGGGGCUGAUGCGACGGUAGUGGACAUCAUCUCGCAGGCAGAAAUGGUUGCGUUAUCGACGGUGUACUUUGACCGAGUCGAUCCGUGCUACAGCUUCAUCGAUCGAGAGACGCUCCUCCACCAUGUCGACAAACGGUGGCUGUCGACAUCGAAUGCGCCAGACGCAUACGAUGCCGUCCUGUGUGGCGUGGCGGCGUUUGGCUUCCUCUUCUCCCGGCGAUCAGCGCCUGCGGCCGAACAUCAGCUGCUCGAGGCAGCGCGCCUCAUCCUCGAGCAGCAUCUUUCGGACGAGACGCCCUCCGUGGCCGUCGUGACCGGGUGGGUGCUACGCGCCGCCUACCUGCGCAUGACGGCUACGCCGCACAUUGCAUGGAUGGCCAGCUGCUCACUCAUGCAUCUUGUCGAGGCCGCCGUGCUGAUGCAACAAUCCCUCGGCCCGAACACAAACACGGACCCUGAGAUCCGGCGCCGCCUCUUCGGCAUGGCCCGCCAUCUCAACACCUGGAUCUCCUUUGACUUGGGCCGCUCCCGCGUCGUCCUGCAGGGGUCCACGACGCUGCCGCCCACCCCGCGCACAGGCGACUACACAACAGAACUCUUCCACUUACUGCCCGCGUCCGAGAGCCUGGACCCAACCAACACCACCACCGCGGACGGAUCAGGCCUCGAAGCCUCCCUCGCAGACGUGCUGGACGUCGUCCAUGCCGUGGCGCCCCUCAUCCUCGCCCAGUGCAACCUCGUGCUCUGCAUCUACCGCCGCCUGCGCGUCGCCACACCCACCAUCUCCCCGGGGCUACUGGAUCGCAUCCUCACGCUGGCGGGGAAAAGUCUCGCCGCCGCGCGCGAGAUGGCCGCCGUCUCGAACCCCUGGCACCAGAUCGCCAACGUCCCCUUCCAGAUCGUGUGCACCUGUCUUGCGAUCGAUAGUCGCGCCUCGCUCGCCCUCCUUGGCGAAGCGAUGCGUGCCCUCCACGCCGUCCGUGACGCGUACGAUACCCCCGUCACCCGCGAAGCGUACAGCACCGCCUACCUGCUUGUCCGACUGCACCGGCACCGUCGCGAAGAAGAUACCCGUGUCCUGGCCUCGGUGCUGGAAAAUGACCCGCCGACCGGGCUGGGUGUUGGUAUUCCUGCCUCGGAUCCUGAAACUCACGGCCUGUCCGACGCUCUUUGGGGGGAGGAGUGGCUCGAUCUGCAGAAUUUUGAUUUGGACGAGUUUUUGAAUUUCAGCAUGUAA